AUGAUUACCAGUUUACAGGAAGUUGCAGAACUUCAUUUAGUGAGGAACCAUAAAUUAGUAGAGGAUACUGGCAAUAUGCCAUAUAGGUUAUUAAAAAGGGUAUUGAAACAAAUGAAGAAAGACCAGUUGAUUAGGGUAGAGCAGAAAAAUGUAAUAUUGAUAUUUGAUGAUAACGAGCUAUGGUUAAACUUUCUUAAACAAGACUUCCCAACGAGCAUACAUGAUUCUUUUACAACAAAGAAAAAUAAUAUAAUAAACUAUUAUUUAGAUUUUAUUAAAAAGAAUGAUUUAAAAUUCUAUAAUAACAACAGUUCUUAUAUUGAAGGUAUAUUGAAGAUGAAAGUAGUUAAAGAUUUAUCAAGUAAUAAAUAUUUAAUACCAUACAGAAUGCUAUAUUUAAAAUACGAAAUUGAUGAAAUUAGGAAAGCCGAAGAGAGUACAGAACGUCUAAGGAUUCAGAUGCGAGAAAUACAAAAGAAGAGGGAAGAAAAACAGACUAUUCAAGUGGAUCAUUCUUUCUACAUAAACAACAAAUCUUCCAGGAAAUCUAAUAAGAACCGUUAUGUAAAUAGCGCUCGUUCCCAUGUUUUUAAGACUGUCUUAAACGGAAGAACCACUAUAAUGAACAACUUCAAAAACACUGAUGGUAGUAUACCUAGAAAUAAGAAUCAUAGAAUAGCAUUCGGGGGUCAAGUCGGAGGAACUUUUAAUAAACCAGAGUAUGAGAACGAUAUAUCGGAAGAGCAUCAAAGUCCGAUAGAUAAAAAUGAAUCAGUUCCUGUUUCAAAUAAAAGUGACAAUUUAAAGAGGUCUUUUGAUAGUAUGUCGUCUCCUGUAAAGAGGAGACCAGGCAUCACAAACAUAUUUUUAAAUAAAACACGGACUUCUGAUAUGAGUCGAUCUCAGGUACGAAAGAAAUUUGAUUUAAGUUCUAAAGAGCAAACCAUACAUUCGAAGGUCACAGAAACUAAAAUCACAUCUGAAAACUCUGGGUCAGAUCCCAUAAUGGAGAUGAAAUUUUUUUCUAAAAGAUCACCAAAGUAUGUUUCCAAUAAUCGACCAACGUUAGGAACCAAAAAGAAAUCGCGUAUAUUUUCAUCAAAUCAACAAGAUUUUAGUUCAGGACCAUCUGCAGAUUCCUCAAAAGUUUAUAUACAUGUUAAACCCUCGACUAAGCAUCGUUGA